CUUACACGUGGUCUUAAAUUGUCUCUGUAAUGUACAUCAAAACGUAGAUGAAAAAAUUUCUCCCUCCGUACAUAUGAGCCAAGGUUAUGAACAUAAACCUCAAAAUCAGUCGCCGAUAGCCGAACAGGCUGUUGCUGCUUCACAACUUUCUUCGAUAGAAAUUGGUAUUUGUGGAGCAGUUGCGGGAAUGGUUUCAAGAUUCGUUGCUUCUCCAUUAGACGUUGUUAAAAUUCGAUUACAACUUCAACCGGGAAGACCAAUCAAUCCUCUAUCGUCGAGACAUCAUAAUUCUGGCACACUAAAAAAAUACAACGGGAUGUCACAUGCAAUUAAAUUAAUUAUUCGAGAAGAAGGCAUUCGAGGAUUAUGGAAUGGUAAUCUUUCCGCAGAAUAUUUAUAUCUAUCAUACGGCGCUGUUCAAUUUUUAACUUAUCAUCAGAUGCAAAAUCUUUUCAAACGCAUUGAUUCAAAUCAAAAUGAGAAAUUUGGUAUUAAUAAAACAUUACAACCAUUUUUGAGUGGAGCCAUAAGUGGAAGUACUGCAACUAUUGUUACAUAUCCUUUUGAUUUAUUGAGGACACGUUUUGCUGCGCAAGGUGAAAAGAGGAUUUAUAUAGGAUUAAGGAAUGCAGUACAGCAAAUUUAUGUGCAAGAAGGAUAUCGCGGGUUCUAUCGAGGAGUUACUGCGUCUGUUGUACAAAUCAUUCCUUACAUGGGAUUAGUGUUUGGAAGUUAUGAAUUCUUAAAAAAAUUAUUCAGGAAGUUAGAGGAUAAGCAUAUUUGGUUUCAUAAUUUAAGAGCUACAGAGGAUUUAUUAAGCGGAGCAAUUGCAGGAAUAGUGAGUAAAGCCGGCGUAUUUCCACUCGAUUUAGUAAGGAAAAGAUUACAAGUGCAAGGCCCAAAUAGAAAAGAUUAUUUUAUAUCAAAUGUACCAUUAUAUUCGAGUUCAAUAUUUAUAUGCAUAAAACAAAUAUUAAGAAGUGAUGGAAUUUUCGGUUUAUAUAAGGGCCUUAUGCCAGCUUUAAUUAAAUCUGCUCCUGUAAGUGCUGUAACAUUUUUUGUCUACGGAUACACUAAAAGGCUGUUAGAAAAAUUACAUUCAUCAAGGGAUAAAUAAUAAUUUAAUUUAUUGAAUUUUGAUUAAUAAUUAUUAUAAAAGUAUCUUUAAUAAAAUAGUAUUCUAAAGAUCUCGAUCAAAAAACCAAAAUCAUAAUACUAUUAAAUUAUUUUUUUUAAUUUGAUAUAUGAAGUACUAA